CCGAUGCGACCGGAUAUUCUGUUAACAAGUGAGAGAUUUGGGUGCAUCGGUAGCAGCCUCCUCAAUCGAUAGGGAAAAGACCUGAACUCAUAGAUGAAUCGGUUCUAGAGUCAUCGAUCGGGUAUCGCGAGAUUUUGAGUCGUUUGGCUGCAUCAUACGUAGGCCAGGCGCCAGAAUCGCUAAAACAUCGCGAGAGCUUAAGCUACCCCGCAAACCCAAAGAAGCAGCUACCCCGCUAAACACGAUAGCUGCCAGUGACUAGCUGUUAGCUCAAAUGACAACACGAAAAAUGGAGGAGGCGGAGACCAACAACAUUAGCCUGGGCGAAAGACGUGAUAAUACACCGAGACAGAUUUUCAACGCACCGGGAAAACAAAAAUCCAAGGUUUGGACAGUGUUUGGGUUUUAUAAGAUGGCGGGGAAGCUCGACAGAAGCCAUGCUAUUUGUAAACUUUGUAGAGCCUCGUUGACCUACUCCGGGAGCACUACAAAUCUGGACCAGCAUGCAAAGAGAAAACACGGUGAAGAGUACGGUGAGUUUACCGAGCAGAAGCGUGCAGGAACCAGUGGCAAACAGGCAAGGACGGAGAACGCCAUUCCUACUUUUUUCCAGCGACUUGGUCAAAACUCAGCACGCGCUAGGGAAAUCACGGCAUCAAUAACACGUUUUAUUGCCAAAGGAUUAUGUCCUUACAAUAUUGUCGAGUGGGAAGGAUUUCAAGAUUUGAUUCAUACAUUAGAGCCCAGAUAUAAGAUACCGUCCCGAAAUCAUAUCACCAACACGUGUAUGCCAGCGCUGUAUGCCCAGGUUAAGAGCCAAGUUGAAGAAAAACUGGCAAAAGCAGAAAGAGUGGCAAUAACUACUGAUGCUUGGACGUCAUGUGCGACGGAGUCAUAUGUGACCAUCACAGCCCAACACAUCGCUCCGGAUUGGGAGUUACAUGUUUACGUCUUACAGACCCGGGCAUUCAAAGGAUCCCACACUGGGAAGAAUGUAGGUGCUCUGCUGAAACAGGCAUGUGUUGACUGGAAGAUUCUAGAUAAAGAGCCAGCCCUGGUGACUGACAACGCCACAAACAUGGUUUUAGCUGGCGUGGAAGCAGAAAUGACUCCUCACCUCAUGUGCUUUGCACACACUAUAAAUCUGGCCACACAGAAAGCCUUCAAAAUGGACACAGUAGCAAGGUUGCUGGGAAAGGUGAGAAGAGUGGUUGGCUUUUUUCACCGCAGUGUCAGGGCAGCAGAAAUUCUACAAGACAAACAGAAACAACUUGCUUUGCCUACCCACAAACUCAUCCAAGACGUGUCCACCCGGUGGAAUAGUACCCAGAUUAUGCUUGAACGGGUACUCGAACAACAGCCUGCCAUCUCUGCUGCACUCAUGUCCAGGGAUCUCAGAAGAGGAGAAGAGCUUAACACUCUGAAGGACAAAGACUUCUGUGAUGUUGAAGACAUUGUGAAGCUGAUGGUGCCAGUCAAACUUGUGACGAUCAGCAUGUGUGAAGACAAGCGGCCCACACUCUCAGUGAUUUCCCCUGUCAGAGAAAAGCUUAAAAAGACAUUUGAAGCAGCAGAUGAAGACUCGGUAGUAAUCAGAGAGAUGAAACAAGCAUUCAGAGAGGACUUGGAGAAGCGCUACACUGGCCUGGAGGAUCUGUUCCACACUGCAGCAGCUCUGGAUCCCCGCUUCAAGUCUCUGCCCUUCCUGACGGACCAUGAUGCUGAGCGGACGUUCGCAAACAUAACAGCAAAAGCUACAUCCCUGCAUAACAAGGCUUUGGCAACAGGGGAUCCAGUCCAUGGAGGCCCACUGCAGACCACUCCAUGCCAGACUGAACCUGCCCUUGGAGAGCUGGGCAUCAGGAUUGAUGCCCCUCAGACCCAACAUGAGCCAGAAGAUGAUCUCCCUCCUUUCAAAAAGAAGAAAAUAUCUGCCUUGGACCAGCUGUUGGGAAAAGACUUUGAAGUGAGGAUGGCGGCUACAUCUGUGAGAGACAAGGCCAGUGAAGAAGUCAAAAGGUACAGAGAGCGUGCUUCAUUGCCUCUGGAAGAAAAUCCUCUACAGUGGUGGAAAGAGCAGCAGGACUUGCCACUGCUGUCAUCUCUUGCUAAAAGAUACCUCUGCAUCCCAGCCACUAGUGUGGCCUCUGAACGGGUGUUCAGUACUGCUGGAGAUAUUGUUUCCACAAAACGCAGCCUACUCAAACAUGAGCAUGUGGAUCAGCUCAUUUUCCUGAAGAAAAAUCUGCCCUCCAAAAAAAAAAAAAACAACAGUGAUCAGGAGUAAAA